GGAAAAAUCGAGAGCGGACAUUGAGUUGAAAACCCGAUGUCGGACGGCGAGGAGUUAGCGGAGGAAAAACCGUUCGCGGUUGAACGUGCGAAAACCGGACGAGCUAAAUGCAAAAAGUGCAAGUGUCCGAUCGAGCAGGGUGUCGUCAGGGUCGCGAAAUUGAUGUCGAAUCCAUUCGGCGAGGGGAAAAUGAAGGCUUGGCACCACUUGACAUGCAUUUUUGAAGUUUUCGCCAAGCAGAGGGCGAGCACUAAACGCAUCGAUGAUCUCGACGCCGACGUCGCUGGAUGGGAGGACCUCGACGACGAGGGAAAGGAACUCGUUCAAGCAAAACUCGAGGAGUUCAACGAUUCUGCCCCUUUUAAAAACACCAACAAGAAAAUAUCACCGGGGAAAAAAAAUACUCCGAAAAAAGAUUCGUCGACGAAAAAAGAGCCGCGCGAUUCGUCUAACAAGGGAUUAACAUCCGUUGGUGAAUCAAAAUCCCAAGUUGAGCCAAUUCCAUCGACGUCGAAAGCCUCGACGACGUCAAAGGCUAAGGCAACCGUCGUUGGAAACUGCAGGGAUGAUACUUUCAGGGAAUUCAGAAGACUCUGCGCCUCCGUGGCGAACGCCAAUGCAUACACGAGUAAAACGGCUAUUGUCAGGCAGAUGCUGACGAAGGGAUGCGAAGGCGACGGUUUCAGAGGCGACGUUACUCUCUGGUGUAAAAUGCUUCUACCCGGUGUCACCAAGCGGGUCUACAACCUUCAGAGCAAACAGCUGGUCAAGCUCUUUAGCCGCAUGUUCAACAAGGACGAAGACGAAAUGUUGGAACACCUGGAGCAGGGCGACGUCGCCGAAACGAUACACGCCGCAUUCGAGGAGAGUUCACUCCUUCAACCCAGCGCCCAGAGCCACCUAACCGUACAGGAGGUCGACCAAUUUCUUGAGAAACUCUCUCUGCUGACCAAGGAGGACGAACAAAUCCAACAUUUCAAGUCCAUUGUUACCAGAUGCACUGCGAAUGAUUUGAAGAUGGUCAUCAGGCUGGUGAAACACGACUUGCGAAUUACAGCCGGUCCGAAACAUAUCUUAGACGCCAUUCACGAUGACGCUUAUGCUGCGUUCCAAUCGUCUCGGAAUCUCGAGGCAGUCGUAACCAGAUUCGUUGAGGAUUCAUCCUUGUUUUUAUGUUCGAAAAAAUCAACUACCGAUCGUGAAUCCGAUCCGAAGAGAAGUUCUACCGGUAGCAAAAUCGGGCUGGUAUUGAUGACGCCUGUUUUACCGAUGCUGGCUGAGGCGUGCAAGUCUGUAGAAAUGGCGAUGAAGAAAUGUCCGCACGGAAUGCUCUCGGAGAUCAAAUACGACGGAGAACGCGUUCAAGUCCACAAACAGGGUAACCAGUUCCGGUACUUCAGUCGCUCCCUGAAACCCGUCAUGCCGCACAAGGUGAAUCACUUUAAGGAUUUUAUAUCGAAAGCAUUUCCGGGAGGUGAUGAUCUCAUAUUAGACACCGAAGUCCUCAUGAUUGACACAAACACCGGAAAACCGUUACCUUUCGGAUCUCUAGGUGUUCACAAAAAAGCUCAAUUCAAGGAUGCCAACGUUUGUUUGUUCGUAUUCGAUUGUCUCUACUACAACGGCGAAACAUUAAUGGAUAAAUCCAUGCAAAAGCGGCGUUCAAUUUUAAAAGAAAAAAUGAUCGUUAUACCAAAUCGAAUAAUGUUGUCAGAAGUCGAGGAAGUUCAGGAUCCGAAAGACUUGGCUCACAUGAUUGCGAAGGUUAUAAAAUUGGGUCUGGAAGGACUUGUUCUGAAGGAUGUAACGGGUAAAUAUGAGCCAGGAAAACGACACUGGCUAAAGGUAAAGAAGGACUACUUGCUUGAUGGUGCGAUGGCUGAUAGCGCAGAUUUGGUUGUUCUUGGCGCAUGGUACGGCACCGGAAAAAAAGGUGGCAUGAUGUCUGUGUUCUUGAUGGGCUGCUUCGACGAGGACCGAAACCGUUGGGUCACAGUCACUAAGGUUCACACGGGUCACGAUGACGUUACUCUCGAUCGACUCCAGGGUGAAUUGAAGAUGGAGAAAAUCGGCAAAGAUGUGAAUCUGCUGCCGAGUUGGCUCCACGCGAACAAGGCAAUGGUUCCGGACUUUGUGGCUAAGGACCCGAAGAAACAGCCCGUCUGGGAGAUAACCGGGGCAGAAUUCACGAAUCAGGGAGUUCACACGGCUGACGGAAUCAGCAUUCGAUUUCCUCGAGUAACCCGCAUCCGGAAUGACAAGGAUUGGAAGACCGCGACGUCGCUGAAAGAAUUGCGGACUCUUUUUGCGAGGAGUUCAGAUUCCGUUGACGUCAGUCUGCUGCUGGGAAAUCAGACCGCGAGCACUUCGACCGCUCAACGAUCUCUGGACUCGAUGCUGAAACCGAAGGUGGAAAAAUCGGAGAUUGAAAACGACGGCAAUUCCGGUAACAAUCAGGAGGAACUAGAUGAAAAAUCCGAGACGGAGGAACGCGAUGAAAAAAAAGCCUCGUUAUUAUCUCAGAACGGAAUUACUCGGGGUAAUCGAAGCGAAGUUGUAAAACUCGAACGCGAUGUUAAACCGGCCAUCGAAAUGAAGAAAGAAUCUCCGAGCCACGGUCAAGACGCUAAUUCGUCGACUCGUAGCGGUGUAAAGCGGAAAAGCGACGUCCUAAUCGAUGUCAAAACGAAGAAAGAACCCGAUUUUUCAACACCUUCGACCUCUUCUGCAGGGGAUGGACCAUCUAAGAGGAGGAGAUCAGCUCAAGAUCUCAAUGAAUCGGACGGCAGUGAUCACACGACUAACAAGGCGUUCAAAAAUGUCCGAGUCUUACUUGCGCGGGACGUAAAGAAGGACAGACGAAAAGAUCUUCGACAUAUCCUGAAAACACUCGGAGCCAAGGUGUUGGAAGAGGAAAAUCAACAUUUGGCUACGCACGUUGUACAUUCCAAGGCGGAAGUUCCCACAACGAUAAUUCGGGAGGAGACGAAAGUUCCCCCGACAGCCCGUCACGUGACUGAGGGAUGGAUCGAGGCAUCCCGUUCAAAUAUUGAACUAGUACCAGACCCCGAACCCUUUGCCGUGGCUUUGACGGGUGUUUACUGUUCCUGUCCCUGCCCACAUCGGUCUCGGAGUAGCGAAUAACCGAGCAAUUGGUCAGCCGAAAAUCAUCGGAAAUAUAAUUCAACUGUACAAUAUUUAAUUAAUCAAUUAAUCCUGCCUUUUCCGUCCGAAGCAAAUCGAUCACCGUCAAUUCCUGAGAUUACAAACGAUUGA